AUGGGGUAUUACCACAGUCUGUAUCCCAACCAAUCUGGAGCAGAUUCUCUCUCCACGCAGCGCUUCGGUGUCUCAGGGGCUCACUUUUCUUUCAUAGGCGCCCCUACGUCAGACGGGACGCGCCAAGGCCUGGAUAGCAUGAGAGGCGGAGUCUGUGUCACGCAAGGCAUGAAGGUGGUCCUGAAAGUGGGACAGAGCCCAUAUGGACUGCCUCCGAAGAAGGAGCCUGCGGGACGCACCACCAGCAGAAACCCAGGCGGCGCGGGGAACUCCACCCAGUCCCAAAGACCCAACAGCUUCGGGAACGAGGGCACUGGUGAGAACCUUCAACCCUCCAACAUCGCCAUCAUCGCCGGCGCCGCUGGGGGCUCCGCCUUCCUCCUGCUGGUGACCGCCGUGAUCUGCGUGGUGUGCUACCGGCGGCGGCACGCCAAGCACUCGGACACCCACCACCCGCCGCUGUCGCUGUCCUCGCUCACCAGCCCCAAGCGGGGGGGCGGCGGCGGUAUGGGCCUCACCAGCUCCAACAACAACGGCUCGGAGCCCAGCGACAUCAUCAUCCCCCUGCGGACGUCGGACUCGGCCUACUGCCCGCACUACGAGAAGGUGAGCGGGGACUAUGGACACCCCGUCUACAUCGUCCAGGAGAUGCCACCUCAGAGCCCGGCCAACAUCUACUACAAAGUAUGAGACGGCCUCUUCUCCGGCCGACUGGACACACCCACCUCCCUCCACCCAUUACCAACCAACCCCCUACUCCAAACGAAGCCACAGCGCAGCUCGCCACCACAGCUCCGACCCUGAACCCCUCAAAACGACUAGUGUCGCCCCAUGGAACCCUCUCACUGCCCCGUGAGCCCACACCCCCCCCGACCACAGUUGUGUUUCUCGCUGAAAAAAGCCCCCCCCGAACCCCAUCCUCACACAACUGGGCCACACAGUGUGUGUUGAGGGUGAUGUCGUAUCCGUACACAGCCCUUCUCAACGAGGCCCUCACGAAUGUGCGAGAGCCUCUGAGUGCCCCCCCUCUUGUUAACUCAGAGCUAAACGAGCCCCACCCGUGCUGAAUAGAAGAGUUGUUCCCCGAAAUGCCAGCCUUUUUUCUAGGAGUAUGGACCUGGCGUUGGGACUCGCGAUGUUUUAAAAAAAGAAAAGAACUACAAGAGCAACAAAAAAAAGAACUACACCCCUGAACCCACUUAGCGCCGGAGAACUCUGAUUCCCGGAGGCCGUACCUGCCUAUUCCACCAUCCCGCCCCUCAGAGCUCCGUCAGCCAACCAGAGACCGGCCCCUGCCACUAACUCACCAGUAGGAUCCUAGUUUGUGUGUGUUUGUUUCUUCUGAGGAAACAGGGGGCCUCAGACUCAACCAAUCAGCAAGCCUGGGCGACGGUCACAUGACCGGGCCGGGGCCUGACCAAUCGGUGACACUCAGAAUCUUGUAUAUUUUAAUAAUGUGUGUGUGUUUAUGUGUGUGCUGCUGAGUGAGUGUGCAUAGGACUUGGAUAAUAAUUAUGGCGCUGCUGCUCCACAUUAGGCGUGUGCGUGCUUCAGUACAGCAGGUUUGCAGACGCGUGUGUUUAGCCGGCGCGUGUGUGUUUCAGCUUUGUGCGUGAGCGACUGUGCGUGCGUGCGUGCGUUCUUUAGACUUGUCUUAAAUACCAAAACACAAAAUAGUGAGCGAAUAUCAAAAAAAAAGUGAGAUUUUUUAUCACUAUCAACACUUAUAGAUUAUAUAUAUGAAUAUCCAGUAAAUAAUUUCUAGAUGUUUUCUUCAGUUUUUCUAUUGUUUCGUUAUUUUUACCCACUCUGAUAAAGUACACUUCUGUUGAUAGACAUUUUUAUCUGCUUUUUUCUUUUUCACACAACUUAAAAAGACCUUCUUUCCUCUCUGUUCCCCUUCGGUUGUAUAUUAAUUUAAUCCCUUUUUUUUAAAUUUCCUGGCGAACAGAGGUUGUUUCUCUCUUCCUCUCUUCCCUCUCUCAUUCACUCCCCCACCUCCCUCCCGCCCUCUCUCUCCCCCCUUCCCCUCUAGGGUCUCUGAACUCUGUGUAUAUUUUUAUAGCUCCUUGUACUAUGCCGUAGUUUUGAAGUUUAGACCUCGUUUGUGGAAGUGUUGAGGUAGAACCAUCUAUGAAAGUUUUUUUUUUUUCCAACGCUUUUUUUGAAACUGCAGAAGUGAAAAGCAGUGAGGGGCACGGGCGAGGCGGGGGAGGCGGUGAUGGCGGGGGAGGCGGGGAGGGUGCGUGUGUGUGUGCAAAUGGGGAGGGGGUGCGGCGUCGGUGGCGAGAGGGGAUGAAAUAAAAAAAAGAAGAAUAAAGGAAAAAGAACAGGGCAAGAGAGAGUGCUGUCUGGGGAGGAGGAAUAAAGCAGCGUCUGAAUGCAGAACUUUAUAAAAAAAAAAAAGGAGAAAGGGAGGGAGACGAGGGAAGAAAAGACUGAAGGAACGGCAUGCCGACGAAAAAGCAGCAGAAAGGGAGGGUAGGAUGGGGAGCGGCAGGAGUGAGAGAUGAAGGAUCCCGAGGAGGGAAGGAUGGUGAGAGCAGAUAAAAGAGUGGCUGGUGAAGGAGAGACACCUUUUCUUCAAAUGGAGGGUCUGAGCCGCCCGGACGGAGGCGACGGAGCGACGGCCACAAUGGAUUUUCUGAGGAGUUGGACUCUAAACGUGGAAAGGAGAGAUCCCAUCACAUACUUUCUCUCUCUCUCUCUCUCUCUCUCUCUCUCUCUCUCUCUCUCUCCCUCUCUCACAGACACACACACACACACACAUCUACUGUCACACUUUACGUUAACGUUAGGUGGCACAUUUCAGAUUUGCUCCUCUUCUCCACCGAAAUUCGUUGUGUUGAAACGCGUCUCUGUGUCACACAAACGCACACACACACUCUCAUUUACUACAAAAGCACACACAGUGCCCUGCUAGCCGCGGACACACACAAGAGAACCCCCCCCCAGGCAGUCAGUACACUCUGUUCGACACACACACACACCCCAACACAAAUUUCACACCUUCUAAUGACUGUCACAAAUGCCUACUGAUUGCAUUGAAUGACAUACAUUCUCUCUCCCGCUCCCCCCCGCCACACAAACACGCACACACACACUCUUCAUCCACACUCGACAAAAAAAAUGCCGAUUGCUUUCACAUGACUCUGUAUUCCUGUGAUUAAGACUAACCCGAUGGACAUGGGAGGGAUGAAAAGAGGGCUUGUGUGCGGUGUGUGUUUUCUUUCUCGCACCCUCACGCCCUCGCACAAAACGCACACACACAAAACACGCCAGUGCCCAGCCCCUCGACCUUGGAGGGCGACAACACGACGCCGUGUUUUAGAGGUGCGAUAUGUUCUCAUGUGCAUACUAAUAAAGCUGUUUUGUGUUGCUCAAA